CUACACGGGUGCGUCAAACAGUAACGUCAAACAACUGACGCAGACGCAGAGAAAAUAGAACAAAAAAAGCGUAACGCAAGAGCAGGAAAAAACGGUUUUGUUCGGUGAAAAGGGCAAACAAACCAAAUAGCAAAUUUGUUCGUUUAUUUCGUGCGUAUACGUGCGUGGUUUUAAGUUACAAACCUUUACGAUAAACGAUGAGCGGUGCCGUGAUGUUGUUUGCCUGCUCCAAAUGCUUCUCACGCCAUCCGUUUGAGGAGUUGUCUCCGGGCCAGCAGCUUUGCAAGGACUGCCGUGGAUCGUUUCCGGUGGUAAAAUGCACCUACUGUCGCUCGGAGUUCCAGCAAACGUCUAAGGGUAGCACGUCGGCUAUCUGCCGGAAGUGUGAGGCGAACGUAAAGCAGUAUGGAAAGCCAUCCGCCUGUGAGCUCUGCAACAUCAUUGCAGCAUUCAUCGGAUCCAAAUGCCAAAGGUGUACAAACUCCGAGUUAAAAUAUGGACCAGCAGUAACGUGCGAUCAGUGCAAACAGCGGUGCGCCUUUAAUAGGCCCGAUUAUAAGGUUGAUGGCAAGUUACUCUGCUGGCUGUGCACGUUGUCUUACAAACGUGCCCUCACUAAAGCCCGCCAGGUAGAGAGCGAACGGCGAAGGGCCAAGAAACGAGCCGCCGAAGGUGCUUUCCCACCUCCUCUCAGCGGCAGUGGAACGACCGGUGGUGGUGGCAAUGAUAGGCGCGAUCGAAUGCACGAAAAGAUGGGCAAUGCCGGCGGACAGGGUAAUAGUGGAGGAAUGAAUCUACCGGGCGGAGCCAGUAUGUCCAGCCUGCCACCACUUGGCGAUCUGAACAUGAAUCACGGUGGACCGAUGGGAGGACCUGGUGGUGUCGGCCCGGCCGGUGGUACGGGUGUUGAUCGCAUAGACAGUGGUGGCCCUGGGGGUGGUGGUGGUAGCAGUGGCGCUGGCGGUGGACGCAACGAUAACGGCAGACAUUCGUCAUCUUCCAGUAAGAAGCCUCGCUCCGAUACGGGUAAAAUGGUACCGGAUAUGCCGAACGAUAAGCUGCUAAUGAAGAGUGCCAACAGUGGCAGCGGCGGCAGUGGCGGUUACGUCGAUCCUCACAGCUCCGAUCACGUGAUCGCGAUGACGCAGCUGAAGGAAACGAUAGCAACGCUGCAGCGAAAGCUUAAACAAAAGGAUGGCGUCAUACUAGAAAAGGAGAAAGAGAUCAGUGCCUGGAAGGGUAAACACUUUCAUCUCGAGCAGGAAUUGAUGAAGAAGUAUAAAGACAUGGAGAAAAACUACGAGUUCAAGCUGGACGUGCUCAACAAGAAGCUCAAAGCUCAGCUGCUCGAAAUCGCAGCACUGUCAAAGGCGGUCAAAGAGCGGGACGAGAGCAAAAAGAAGAAGGUGGUGGUUAGCGGGUAUCUGGCUACGACGAAGCUUAGCAAAAUAAGUAAAUCAUCUGGCGAUUCGAAGGACAGUUCGGAUAAGGAGAAGUCUUCGUCGACCCUCGGUCGUACCGGUGGCGGUCGGAACCGUAUGCUCGACGAUGACGAUGAUGAGGAAGAGGAUGAAAAUGGUAGCAACAAAGAGGAUAAGGAAAAUGACAGCGAAAAGGGCUCCGAUAAGGGAGGCUCUGGGAGGAAUACACCGCGCGACAGUGGCAAGGAUAGCCCGCGUGAUGUGGAUUCUGGCAAGGAAAGCCCCCGGGAAUCCGACAAGGAGGAGGAGAGCGAGAAGAAAACCAUGAAACGAGGUAUCGAACAACAGCAGCAAAUGCAAAAUGAAGAUUCGCAAAAUGCGUCAGAAGCACCGCUGGAAGCGUACGAGCAACAAGCGAAAGCAAACAAGAGUAAUGGUUCAUCGACAAAGGAUGAGGAUGAUUCCGAUCGGGAAGAGGAGAAAGAUGACCGCCGCAGUUCGGAUCGCGGAUCGGAUGACGGUUCGGAACAGUGUUCGGAACGUGGUUCGGACCGGGGCGGAUCUGGUCGUGGCUCCGAUCGAAGUGACAACGAUUCAGAAAAAGAAAGCGAUCGAGAGGAUCAUUCCGACAAGGGUGGAAGCGAUAAAGAUAGCGACCGAGAGGGAUCGAACAGUGGGUCCGAGAGCGAUCGUGAUUCGGAUUAGGAUAAAACAAUACUGCGUAUUUUAUGUGACAAGGUGCCCAUCGAUUGAUGGAUACACCGCUUCUUGCUUGCGCUCACUGAAAAGCGGGAAAGCAUCCAAAAUCCCUUGAUCCAUUUAUUUUAACACUAUUUAAAUUAUAAACAAAUGCAAGAAUGGUCCAACGUUUGUGUAAAGUCUCACAUUAGAAGGGAGAUUUGAUUAUCUCGAUUAGCUGAUUCAUCAUUGGCCAGUAACGUGAAUGCGUUUUCUUAUGGCUGAUAAGUUAAUUGUAAUGUACGUACCAUGCUCGGAAAACUCUUUUGAGAUGUGGUCUUUCUGUUUAAUGUCGUCCUUCAAAACCAAUUGUUUCAUUUUAGAAUUGUGAAUGUAAGCUUUUUUUCGCGCCGUCAGUCUCUUCUUGAGAAUAGUGAGUCAGUCGCAUAAAGAUUGGAAACGAUUUUGUAAAUCAUGCGCGUGAUCGGAUGUUUCUUCCCAUGUAUCAAAAUUGAUCGCCACCACCAACCUUCUGAAACAUUGUCCACGCAGAAUGUGGACGAGAGGAUACAAAUAAAGAUAUUAAAAAUAGACA